UCAAAGGAGACGCUACAUUUCUCCAUCGCAAUUCAUACGUUGCUGACCGUGAGUGAGGAAGUGUUCAAGUUUGAGAAAGCUUUAGCGCAAGAAAAAGUCACCGCAAUUUAAUCCAAUAUGAAGAAAAUGACGAAAUCGUCCCGUGCUGGGCUUACGUUCAGCGUUGGCCGCGUCUCUUCCACGCUGAAGAGGGGCAAGUAUGCGAGCCGGAUCGGCGUCGGUUCGUCCGUGUACAUGACGGCCGUGCUCGAGUAUCUGGCGGCGGAGGUGCUGGAGCUGGCGGGUAAUGCCGCGCGGGACAAUCACAAAUCUCGCCUGACGCCGCGCCACAUCCAGCUGGCGGUGCGGAACGACGAGGAGCUGAGCAAGCUGCUGCAGGGGACGACCAUCUCGCAGGGCGGCGUCAUGCCGAACAUUCAUUCGGUGCUGCUGCCCCGCAAAACGGGUGCUAAAGCUGCCGGCAACAGCUCAUCGCAGGACAAACAGAGCCAGGAGUAUUGAGGAGAAGAAGGAGGAGAAGGAACAUUUUGUCGAGAUGAAGCCAGAUGCCGGAUCUCGGAGUGUUAUUUUAUUGAUAAGGUUCUCUUUUAAAAUGUAUGUUACUCAGGAAUAAGCAUUGUAGUAUGGUCAGUGAUCAGCGAAUUGCGCGCCAUUUUGUAUGCCAUUUUCUCUAUCGCUCUCCACAUUCCUUAAACUCCAAUCACUAUUAACAAUUUACGAAUGUACAAACAGUCACAAUUCGAUCGAUAUGGAUAAGUGCAACAAAUGCCCUCAAAUUAUUUACAAUGCUGCAGGGCGGUUAAUGUGUGCCAGCGAAAGAGUUUGUGCUUCAUCGAUCAGUGCUGCGGCAUAAAUGUAUAUUGAUUCGGCAUUAUGAAGAGUGCAAAAUAUGAAGUCGAUUCAGUUUCUUAAUAAAUUUUAUAUUCAAAAAAGCUCA